AUAGCCCCUGUAAGGCACUAACCCCACUCUCCUUCCCUAACCAACAUGGCGUCCGAACAGUCACAGCAGUGGCCAAAUUCUAAGGACGAGUAUGAGCUGAAAGAAGUCAUAGGAAGCGGGGCAACCUCCGUGGUUCAGGUGGCGUCCUGUAAACCCAGGAACGAACCGUGUGCCAUCAAACGAAUCAACCUGGACAAGGCGAACACCAGUAUGGAAGAGCUACACAAGGAGAUACAAGCCAUGCGGCAGUGUAACCAUCCGAACGUGGUCAACUUCUACACGUCGUUCGUUGUGAAGGAGGAGCUGUGGUUAGUGCUGAAGCUUCUGUCUGGCGGUUCCCUGUUGGAUAUCAUUAAACAUCGCAAGGCCCAAAUGGACUGUCAGCACGGCGUUUUGGAUGAAACCAGCAUUGCCACUGUGCUGAGAGAGGUGCUGAAGGGGUUGGAAUACCUGCACAACAAUGGGCAAAUCCACAGGGAUCUAAAAGCUGGUAACAUCCUUCUUGGAAACGAUGGCACUGUGCAGCUGGCAGAUUUCGGAGUCAGCGGUUGGCUGGCUGUCGGCGGCGACAUGGCGCGGGAGAAGGUGCGGCGAACGUUCGUGGGGACGCCAUGUUGGAUGGCGCCCGAGGUCAUGGAACAGUCGGAGGGAGGCUACGACUUCAAGGCCGACAUCUGGAGUUUCGGGAUCGUGGCGAUAGAGCUAGCCACGGGGACUGCGCCGUACCACAAGUACCCGCCGAUGAAGGUCUUGAUGCUGACCUUACAGAACGACCCUCCGAGUCUGGACACGGGCGCGGAGGAGAAAGAUCAGUACAAGAAGUACGGGAAGUCGUUCAGGAAGCUCGUCUCGGCCUGUCUGCAGAAGGAUCCGGCGCAGCGACCGAACGCCACGGAGCUGCUCAAGAGCCCGUUCUUCAAGAAGGCCAAGGGGAAGGAGCACCUGGUGGAAGUGUUGAUUAGGGGCGGGCCUGGCCUGGAGUCGCGCUCCCAGAAGGUGAAGCGCGUGCCCGGGUCGAGCGGGCGGCUUCACAAGACGGCCGACGGGCAGUGGGAGUGGUCCGACGAGGAGAUGGACGAGGAAAGCGAGGAGGGGAAGGUUGCCGCCGCGUCCAAAUCCCCUCGCGUGAAGAAUCCCACGGGAUACGACGAGCCCGAAGAGGUCGCAAACGCGCAGUCUGCCCCAGCCGUCAAGUCCGCGGACGCUCCCCCUGCCAACCAGGCACAGCCCCCAGUCAACACACAACCCCAGCCUGUACCCCUGGCAUUCCAACAAGGCCAACAGUUGACACAAGAACAGCAAAUGAUGUUAGCCCACCAGCAACAACAGCAGAUGCUAUACCAGCAGCAGAUGCAAGGGGGCAUCAUGUAUCCACCACCCGGCUCAGUCCCCAUAGCCCAGCAGCCUGCUCCAGUGCAGCUACAACCGGCGCAAAACUUAGUCCUCCGCCUAAGGGACACGAACAAGGAACUGAAAGACAUCCGUUUCCCGUUCAUACCAGGAAAGGACACCCCAGACGGCGUGUCGCACGAGUUGGUCGCGGCAGGUCUAGUGGACGGUAGAGAUUACGUGGUCGUUGCGGCUAAUCUGCAGAAGAUAGUGGAUAACCCCGCUAACAACAAAAGCGUCACGUUUGCCCUCAGCUCCGGCUGUUACCCCAAUGAGGUCCCUGAUGAUAAGGCUUUGGUAGGCUUUGCUCAGCUCACACUAUCAGACAAGUGAAGUACAUAUAUUAUACAGCUGUACUACUUCAAAAGUGGAAAGUGUCGUUAUAGUAUGGUUGUGUUUUGCAUUACAAUUGCAUAUCAUAGCCAAGAGGUUGGUUUUUGACCAAAGAGAUUCAUUCUAGUUUCUACUAUAGUUUUGUAGGUAAAGCACUUUUUUUUAUCAUUAUUAUUUUGUUUAGUAUCAUUAUUUUUACUUGUAUUAAGAGAAAUUUGCAAUUUAGCAAGCUCUUAAGUAUACAGGCAUUAAAAGCAUAUUGAACCCCAAAUGGAAAUGUUCAAGCCCUGAUAUUUAAUGUUGGUACACAUGUAUUAAUAGCUGAACUAUUAUAAACAUUGUCUGAUUUUGUUGUGAAUUGUGAUUGUUUAAGCACUACUUGCUACUGCAUUGUUCAAAUAAGUCUGAUAAAGAACAAUAGUCAAUAGCUAAGUGUCAAUAUCCUGUGUUAAGUGCAAUCCAUUGAACACAAUAAUUGUAGCAAAGUAAAUAUCAAAAACAAUCCCUUGAUGUUACAUGUAAUCACCAUGUAUAAAAAAGAUGUUUGUGUUUUGUAAAAGUUCAAAAAUAUUGUUUGUAUUGUAGGAAAGAUUGAUUGACUGCUGAUCAUUAUGCAUCAUGCAUAUUAUAAUUUGCUGAUUGCCACUAGUUAUAGAAAAUAAAGAUAUACUUACUAUGAUGAUAAAUGUUCCAUAUAUGUGUUCACAGUUCAAAGCCAUUAAAAAGAUACUAUGUAACAUUGUACUUAGCUUUAUAAUAUCCCAGAAGAGGUACAGCCUUCAGAUAAAAGUUAUUGUACUUACUUUAUUUUACAUUGUGAAGCAGUAUUUGCACUUUUUUUACUUCCUGAAUUUAUCAUCAUUAGAAAAUAUCAUGUAUCACCAUUAGAAAUAACAGUCUUUAUGGUAGUGCUUCUUUCAUGUAAGAUGCUUUUGGCAAGUCUCAAGCAAGAGUAAAUUACUGGUGACAGUUAAAUGGGAAGAUGCUCUGUAUUCUGACAUUAUGAAGAACUCAGUUGUCAUUAAACUUAUUACUGGUAGCAGGGCUCGAAAUACCACCUGCAUAUGCAAGUAAGUGCAGGUAAAAUUGGAGCUGUGCAUGUAUUUCUGGUGUCUACCUGCACCUAACCUUCGCUGGUUCAUGUACUGGGUUUUAAACAUAAAUGUCCUAUGGCUAUGAUGUACUAGUAUAUGGAUUGAUAUCAGCUGCAUUGACUGUUACUAUCUAUGAACUGUGAAAGAAAAAAUAGCAAUGGUUCCAGGAACAAAUUUAGAGUGGUGCAGGUAAAAUUUGUGCGGAUAUGCAGAAAACAGUAUUUCGAGCCCUGUACCGUAGGGACCAUAUAAUGUAGCCUGGUAUCAUCAGCUCUGUAUUUGUUGUAUGUAACAAAAAAUUGAAUCCACAUCUUUUUGUUUAAUAAGCACUUGAGGGGUGUGUUAUGAUAGUUUGUGAAAUGCAAAUUCGGGGCUGUAACUGAUCCCUCAGCUAGGGAGCCGGCAGUUGUUUGGUGGGCUGCUAUAAGCACAAUUUAACCAGGCUAGCAUCAUGAUACUUGAUAUAAAAUCUUUACCUGUUGAGCUUUGCACCCUUAAUAUACGACUUUGUAGUUGGUGUAUGGUUCAUGCUAUAUACAGCUUUCUCAUGGAAUGUACCAAAAUGAUUUGCAGGUUGUCAUAAGUUGUCAAGAUGGUUGAAACCAUUAUUGGUGCUGUGCUGUUCAGUUGGGAAAAUCAAUAAAGAGAAUACUAUAAGUCA